UUACAGGAAACACAUUGCUAUACAAUCCCCACCAAAUGCAGGCUCAUCCUAUAUAAAUUAUAAAGGAUUCCACAGCAUUGUUUUAAUGGCUGCAUCUGAUGCUCAUUAUAGAUUUUUGUAUGUUGACAGUGGAAAUUUUGGGCGAAUUAGUGAUGGCGGAGUUUUUGCUAAUACUUCACUAGGGAAACUCCUUUCUCAGAAUAAAAGAAUAUUCAAUUAUAGUCUGGCAAGGGCAAGGAGGUGCGUCGAAAAUGCUUUUGGAAUUUUGAUGGCUCGAUGGAGAGUACUUCGAAACACUCUCAACAUUCAGGCAGACAAAGAGGAUAGAAUUGUGUUUGCAUGUUGGUGCUUGUAUAAUUUUCUCGUGUGA